GAGCGGUGGGGGUCGCCCGCCACUGACUAUAUAUACCGGCCGACGAGCCGGACGCUGGCAUCAGUCCCUGCGGCGUCUUCCAACUCACCUCCAGCUCAACCAAGCACCACCGCCUCCACCAUGAAGGUCCUGGCCAUUUUCGUCGUCGCCCUCGCGACCAUCGCCUUUGCUGAGGAGGAGAAGAAGCAGGAGAAGAGAGGCCUGCUGGGUCUGGGAUACGGAGGCUACGGAGGAUAUGGAGGAUACGGAGGAUUCGGUCACGGAAUCGGGAUCGCCGCAGCGGCGCCCGCCAUCUCGUACGCGGCACCUGCAGUGAGCUACGCCGCCCCCGCCAUCGCCGCCGCCCCCGCUGUCAGCUACGCCGCCCCCGCCAUCGCCGCCGCCCCCGCCGUCAGCUACGCCACCCCCGCCGUGGCAGCCGCCCCCGCUGUCGCCGUCGCCCCCGCCGUGGCUAAGGUGGCCGUCGCCGCCGCCCCCGCAGCCGUCUCCAGCGUGUCCCGCGUCAGCUACUCCACGACGCACUACGCCCCCGCAGUGGCCGCCGCCCCCGCAGUGGCCGUCGCCCCCGCCGUCGCCAAGGUGGCCGCUGUCGCCGCCCCCGCGGUGAGCUACGCCGCCGCCCCCGCGGUGAGCUACGCCGCCGCCCCCGCAGUGAGCUACGCCGCCGCGCCGGCCAUCAGCUACGCCGCCCCCGCCAUCGCUAAGGUGGCCGCCGCCCCCGCCAUCAGCUACGCCGCCCCCAGCCUGAGCCUGGGCCACUACGGCGGCCUGGGAGGCUACAGCCUCGGUAGCUACGGCUACGGCUACGGUCACCACUAAACUCAGACGCACCACUACACCGCCCUCCACCCCCAGCACUACUGGGCACGCGACAUCAUCAACUUCGCAACGACACGCUGUAUGCACCCUCAUUGUUCGCAAGGAAAUCAUAAAUGUAAAAAAAAAUUGAAAAUCACAUCAUAAUUAUGAAAUAAACAAUUAUUUGAUAUUUAA